AUGAAACGACUACUCCUAUUGACGGUCUUGAUAAUGAUCAUCGUUCUCGUUCAAUCAGACACCGACAUUCUACAACGAUUAAUGAAACGAGGUUUCGUCAAAGUGCUUCCGCCUCAAAUUUCGAAAAAAGUGCCAUUUCUAUUGCCUUCAUCCUCUGCAUCUUCAUCAUAUCUCGAUCGUGAUCCACUCUACUUACGAUUAUUGAGCAAGAAUUCAUGGAGAUAUCAUCUU